GUACAUUAAAGCACCAAUACUAUAUAGCAUAGUAGAAGUGCUCGCUGAACGAGCACAUCUUCUCUAUUAUGUGUAUAUGCAAGCAAGGUGAGACUUUUGUUUUCUUUGUUUGCCUAUUUCCAUCUUUUAAGAUGAUACGAAAGUGGUUAGUAGCUGUUGUGGGAUUCCAGGAAUAUCAAGCACCCGAAUGACGGGUUGUAGAUCUUAUGCCUUGAACGAAAAGGGUGGCCUUCCUUUCAUUCGAGAUCGCUUAAUGGUUUUUAUAAGAAAGUAACAAAAUUAUGUACAAUGCGAUUAGUCUGCUGGAGUUUUUCUUUGGUGGUGGAUGUGUUGGUGUCGUUUUGUAGAAGUAGGGAAACCCAGUAACAUGUUCAUGAAUAAUCUUAUAACCUUUUUGAGAAUUUCAUUAUUGCAACUCAAAUGAUGUGCCUGCUCUGCCUUUCAGUUUCUGCGUAUAUGCUUUUGUCGUUGAACCUGGCUGGAACUUUCUUUUGAUGCGUAUGCAAGCCUGUAUCGUCGCUACUUGGUCUCCAUUUGAUUUCCCUUCAUGCAAUGAGAAUUUUGUGGUUUUUGUAAAUUCAAUAUGCUUUUAGACUUAUGGUCCUCGCAUGAUUUUUGUUUUGUUAGGCGGGAAUUGUUGCAUGGAAUGAAUCAAAGAAGGAACUACCACGACAUGAGCUUAAUCAUUCUCAGUCUAUGCAGCUUAGUAUCAUCCUUGCACGGUUAACCACAUGUAAUAUGGUUCAGGGGUGUUCGGAUUUCUUCUUUUAGAGUGUAUAGUAGUUUCUUCCCUUUAUUUUUGCAAGGAUGAUGUGCUCAUUAUAUCUCUUUGUUUAAUUUACUGUAGGAUCCAGUUCCCCAUCCAUGGCAGAGGAAUUUUCCAUUUCCAGCGCACAAUAGGGUGAAUUCGAUAUGGGAGAAUGAAGUAGGAGAAUAGGUCAUUUGAAAAGGAUUUCGUUACCAUCAUGUGUUAGAUUGUAUCUGGUUUAAUGGAUAUUUUUCUUUGGUGAAUUACAGAUUCUUGAUUGUAUUUCUAUCCUUCCAGACUACUCUCAACGACGGAUUUCUGGGACGGCUACGACUUGGUGGUAUCUUUACCCUCUUUUCCCUUUUUAAAAUGCCUCUUAAAGGUUCGUCGAAUUGGAUCUAUUUCUUAGGUAGUCGCCUGAGUGAUUGCUCUAUCACAUCUGUUUCUGUUGCAUUUCAUUUUUCUGUGUUGUUUUGCCAUGAUGUUUAUUGUUUCUUGCUUUGUUGAUUGUUAUACAGGAAGAUGGAUGAGGUCUCUCCAGUCGGCUAAACAUCUCUCAUCUUCCACAACCCGUAGGGAAAUAAAAGGUUAAGGAAGAAACUCACUUUUGGGUAGGUACUCCAUUUUGUUGAUUUAGUUAGAGGCUUGCUCUUUUCUUAUGCCAUGUUUUUAUUGGAUAUGUACAUUUACCUUCUUUGCUUCAGAUGGCAACUCCAGUUUAACAAGAUUGUUGCUAGGGGCAAGAAGUUAAGAUAUGGCCUCAUUACCUACCGUUGCAUCAAUGUCCGGGUCUUGCAGUAGGUUUGCCCCAGGUCCGAGACCAGGCAACUAGCUCCACGAAGUAAAGCUGAGACUACUGCCAACAUGACUGCCAACUAUCAUGAUCAUGCUUCGGUCAGUUUGGCUUCCAUACCGAGAUCUUCCUCUUUUGUGCUUCAAUUUAUGCUUCUGUGAUUAUAUUUUGCCUGUAUGGUAGGCAGCUGCCUGCUAGGAUUGCAGUGUCCAGUUUGCAUAAGAACACGGUUAAGUUGUUGAUUGGGGGCGUGAGCUUGAAAUGUAUGGUUUUAUUAGUUUAGCGUGUGAUUUGCUAUCAGAUGAUGCAGUCUGAUGGUUAUGCAUCAUCGGUUCAGUAAGACGUCUACAUUAGAACCUAUGUCUACUGUAAUACUCUCAUAUAGAUCUACUUUAGAAGUUAGAUAAUGCCUUCCGCGUUGAGUACUGUGGUAGGGGGAACCAAUGGCGGAGAGGUCCUAUCAAUCUUCUGGUUCUUUGGAGUGAGUAGGAUUGGCCGGGCAUGGGCCUUGAAAGAAAAGAAAGGGGAUAAGGGUUGAAGGAUACUCCGCCACCAGGCAGAUAGUUUCUUUAGGAAUUUCGGUUUUAUUUGGAUCCCCAUUUAUUUAGUUUCCUCUAGCCAGGAGAAGCCUCUACUAGCCUAUUUGUUCACGUUCCGACUUUGUAGAUCCGGAUAUGGUUCUCCGACCUGGAGAUUGAUUCUUCCUUCCAGCCCACAAUUCGUCCACAAUGGAGAAGUUUUUAGCACAACCCAUAUCUUUUCUCCCUCCAUCGACAUCGAUUUUGCCCAAAACAUCACCAAACACACUACACAGUGUUUGAUUGAUUUGUUUAGGUUAGUUUUCUGUCUUAUUUCCGUUGUUCUUUUUUUUGCUCUUUUAUUUUAGUUUCCGAGAUUUAUCUCUAACCUUGCAUAAGGCAACAAGUGUAUUAUAUAAUUUAAUUCGUACAAGUUCAACUAGCUUUUGAUUUGGGGUUAAUAUUCUUGACAACAGAUCAAGAUGAAGGAGACACAAAAAAAAAGAUUCUUUUUAUGUUGAAUGAUGGUGAUGGAACUUACUAUAAAUGACAGGGAGUAGGCAAAUGAAAAAAACAGCAGGGUUGAACUGAGAAAAAUUCGAGCUUUGGCCCUUGACGGUAGCCAAAAUGUCUGGGAGUACCCAUGAUUCAGUCUGUUCCAAGUAAUGGUUUCUACUUUCUCAAGUCGGAGAGUUAACUGUUUGAAGUUCAGUUUGAAAUAUCUUAAUUUCACUCAUCAUAUAUACCAGCAGUUGCAGUUUUGGAGAGCUUAAUACAACUUAAAAUUAUUAGAAUGUUGAUCUUCAUUCUCUUCUUUUUAUAACAUUUAGGCUGCAUUCUUGUUAAGUGUGAUAGUUUUGUAUUAGUGUGGAGAUACCUUUCAUUUAGUCAUUUUCCAUCACAUCUAGGAGUGAAACUUUUUUCCCUUCUGCGGCAGUAAAAUAAAGUAGCCUAUGAUUUAUUAUUGUUUUGUCACCUGAUUGCAGCUCUUUUGAUCGCCUCUUUGUUAUAGUUGGCGAUUUAUUAUGCCUUUAACAAAAGUUUACAAUGGAAUUUUGCAAGGGAAGUUGCAGUUGUGAGGAGGUAAAGAUUCGACACAAUUUCUUUACAUAAUGCCUUCAUUGAAUCAGCUUUACAUAUUGCUUUUCAGCUCUUAAACAUUAUACUAACUGCUCUUGCUGGAAUGCAUCCUAUCUUUUGCUGGCCUAACAUCCACCUCCCCUGUUGCAGGACCAAGGCUUUUGUGGAUUAAUCUCCAAGUGCCAUAGGUAACUUGCGAGAGUCCCACUAUGUCUUUUCCUUAAUAGACUAGCAUAAGGAAUAUGAGAACGAAAGUCUCUUUUUGAAAUACAAUCAUCUCAAAAUAAGCAAAUUUCUUCAGGCCUUUGUAGCUAACUCCCAGACUGCAUAGUGUUACAUAAUUACUAAUCUUAAAUAGAUGUCUUUUGACUUGUGUUCUUCCACAGAACUUUCAUGUUUUCCGUAUUUUGUGGUCUCUUUACAUAUUCAUUGUUUUUCAUGCAGAUUGCAUACAAGCUGCGUGUUUUGUGCAAUUGAUUGGCCAGUGGAUUGUUCCUUUAAAAUACUAAUGACUUGGUUAGUUCCAUUUUUUGGCGAAGAACUUCCACGAUUUCCUUAACCGAUCUAACUGCACCGCACCUGUAAUACCAUUCGUUUCCCCUAAACCUAUUGUUGCCUGCAUAUGAAAGCUUCCUGUUUGGUUACCAAGUCGUGAAUACCAAAUCAUUCCUUUUAUGGUUCUCUGCCCUUUUGUUCUUUCAUUAGCCGUCAUUAUCCCUAAUUAGGACUCCAUAUCAUCUCUUGCGUGGUUUACAAACUUCAUGGAUUCCUUGGCAGUUGGCACCAGCUGAGGGGUUGUUUAUAUUUCCAGAAUCAAUUCUCCAGUUUAUUAGUUUGGUUCUUUUUUUCCUAAUCUAUCACAAGGAUUCCAAUAGCUGCUAAUUUGAAUGAAAACUUGGUUAGGUUGAUAUUUUGUUCUUUGGAAAAUGCUCUGCAGACAUGAAAGAAGAUCGGUAGCAUGCUUGCUGAUCUGGAGUGAAGGAAACCAAGGAGAUCUUCAACCUGCUUCGAGGUUUUGAUGAAGUUAAAGCCGAGGUUGAUAAACUGGUGGUAGAGUCUGCCACUGAUGUUAGGGAACAGGAGCUCCAUCUCCAUACCCGGUGGCUCCGUGUUCAACGGCUGGUCGUUGACAACCUUCAAUGAUGACUGCAACUUUAUAUUCACUCUGCAUAAUGUAGAUUGUAGCGAGGAAAGGUCAGUUCGAAGAGGUGAAGGACAAGUAGAGGCGCUGGAGCUUAUCCUCGAACGUGAGACGAGUUCAAACUAUAAAAUUUCUCACCUGUUGGGAUGCGGGAAUGCACUGCAGUGUGUAUGGAAGUCAUUGACAUGGGAGAUGGGAGCAAGAUCUAUUGGGCAACUAGAUAGUUGUAGGUUGUAUACCAUGAAGGAACCACAGGGGUUGGUGACAACAGUUCCAGGAGACCAGGAGAAUGAAAGGUGAGGAGGUGCUUUCAAUGUAGGGAUUAAUUAGUUUGACAAGUUGUUUCAUUCAUCAUCUUCGGCGGUUUCACCGCCAUUCGCCCAUUGUUUGGCCUGUAAUUUUGACAAUUGGUAGUGCGAGUAGUGCGUUUCAGGGAACUUUGAUUCAGGCCAUCGCUCCGGCCAACCUCAUCCAACACUUCACCGAUAUUCUGCAGUUGGGAAGUGUUUACCUCAAAGAGUCUCUAUCGUGUAGUAUGUUAAACAUAUAUCUCUGUUUUCACGUGCACACUAUUAAACCUUUGCUUUUUAUAUGUUGCUGAUGUGUCUCCUCUACUAUGCCCUGGACAAACAAAACGGUCGCCGUCGACAUUGCUUUGCUGCUGUCAUAUGCAAAUUAGAAUGGUUUUGUAUUAUAUCAGUUUUCAUUCUAUGGUUUUAUCUUUUCUUCCUCUACUGUUGGCCGCAUUUGCAAGUGUAAUGUUAUUUGCCUUUGAGGUAAGUUAAUUGGCAAUUCGUAGUUCUUUGUUCUUCCAAUUGUGGCGAGUUGUCAUACAUGUGUUUAUAUAACUUGCUUCGUUCGAGGCCAUAAGGAGAUAACCGUACAAUAUCAUUUAAGUCAUUAGAAAAUUGUAUUAGCGUUUUCUUUGGUUAGAUAGUUUUUUUCCACUUUUUACUCAAAUUCACAUUCAUUUUGGUUUUGGGAUUGUAAUAUCAGGGAAUGCAUGGAUUCACUGUAGGUGGCAAUAGAACGGAGGAGUGUCGACCAAAAAAUACCUCUUGCCAAAGCAAAGCAACCCGCAAGGAACUUGAAAGAACAGUUGCUUUUACUGCUAUAUUUUUCCCGAAAUGCAUUGCGAGUUCAAUUUCUUGAGUAUAUCUUUAUGGUUUCAGUCUCUUAUUGAUUAGGUUCUGUUGUUUGCAUUCUGCAACUCCUGGAACUUUUGAAUAUUGCAAGGGGAGCAAGCCUGUCAAGGUUGGUGACUAUAACUAGAGCAUAGGUAUGUUGAAAUUUCCCCCCUAUGUCCUCAAUUUUUAGCCGCUGAAUCACUAGCUUGCGAUGCUUUCAUUGUAUGCAUACUGAAGGUCUGAAGGUGUUCUAGCUUGCACUGUUAAUAGUAUGAAGUGGCUUAUACCCGUGUUCUCUUUGUUGAAAUGCUUGCAGCCAGGCAUGUGUCUAGCUCUUGCCUUAUUUCUCCAUCCAUUAAAUGCAUUUUCCUGCAUGUAGAGAGGUAAAAUAUGCAAAAGAUAACAUAUUUGUGUUGUUUUGUAACUUGGUCAGUCUGUGUCUGAGUGUGUGUUUGCAUUUAGACCAUUUCUCCUAAGCAUGUUGAUUAAUUCAAGCUUUAUGUGUCUACAUAGGACGAGAACACCAUUUCAGUUCUGCUGCCCAAGCAUGACCAAAUGGAAUGGUGGAAAACUUUGGUGAAAGGAGGUCCUGAAAUCGAUACACUAGAGGUAGAACCUGGAAACAGCAAGCUUGCCGACCCAUACCUUGAAACACACCAGGUUGUCGAGUAGACGAUGGUAACUUAUUCGUGCCCUACUCCACCCCUAUAAUCUUGUGAUAAGCUUAACCUGAUAUCUCUCUUUUGCUAUUGUUGUGGUGUUAUUUGUGCAGCUGACAGUACUUUUCAUUUUUUUAUCACCUCUAACUGAUCUUUCGUGCUUAACCUGCAGUUUGAUCAGAUACAGAAACAAAUGGGCCUCCCAACCAACGAUGAGAUUCAGAAGCAGGAUAUUCUAAUGAGGCUUAUGCCGAGCUGAGUUGCCAUAUAUAAACCUCUAAUCUCUAACCUUCCGGUGCCAUUUUUCUCUGCCACGUUGUUAACCUGGUGGUUGGUUUUGGUUAUUGACCAUCCAGAGAUGCAUUUCGCAAGGGCAAAGAUAAACUAAAAUAGUAGCGAAAGGGUCCGACAUGAGUUUUCUAGAAGGCUGUGAAUUUACAACUCGUGUGAUUUUGGGUUGAAAGUACUUUGGUUAAUAGGUGUACAAGACAUUUGAAAGAGAAUGUCUGGAUUUGGUUAGUUUUUUGAACUUAUUUGCUUGGAUAAGAGCCUUAAAUGUUUCUUUUGGCAUUUUCCAUCCAUUUUACCGUCUAACUUGCGUGAUAAAUUUUUUUUAUCAUUGUUACGCGAAGCAACGCGAGCGGGUCUACCUAGUAAAAAUUAAAUAUAAAAGCUUUAAUCCUAU